AAAUAAUAUAUUGAUUUUUAAAAUGUCUUCAGUAGUUUAUAUGGAUUUUGAUGAUGAAGAUGAAGAGUACAAGAUGAAACAGGAAGUUUUGUUCAAAGUUGAACCUAAGGAGUUAUUCAAUAGGAUUCUCUUAUCAUUUAUCCCACCUGUAGGGAGGUUUUCAAGAGUUUACUCAGACCUCCUGGGCCCUCUUUUAGCAGUAUGCGCUAUGGUAUUUCUCUUAAAUGCGGGAUACUUGUUCAAACCUAACAAUAUUUUGCUUUCUCCCAAUGGCUUCAUGUGUAUUUAUAUAUCAACGAUGAUCAUAAUCAUGUAUCUGACCUUACGUUUUCACCCAAACCACCUGGACUUCGUUCAAUUGAUUUCGCUGGCCGGAUAUUCCCUGUAUGGUCAUAUCCUGGCCAUAGGGUUACCCUUCCUCUUCUUUCCGGACAACAGAUUCUUUUUCUUAUGUUUAAUAAUUUUCGGCGGAUCCAGUACUUUCAAACCGAUCAUAGCAUUCAAUAGAAUCUUUCACGCUCCCGUUUUCAGGCUACUGAUCGGCACCAUCUUCGGUCUGAUCCAGUUGCUGGCCAUCCUCUUUACCCAUCUCGCUUAUAUGCAUCCAACGUUCAUCUAUGGUGGAAAUGUGGAAGCGGUUUAGAAAAUACAUAGUCAAAGAAAGGUGAUGUAUGAGUGUAUAAAAUUUUCUUUCUUUGUUUAUAUGUCGAAAUAAAACAUGUUUUAAAAAUUA